GCUUACCCUCCCUUAUAUCUCUCCUUCAUUUUCCAAACCCAAACAAGAACUUCCCCUCUCUUCUCUCCCCCCUGCGAAUGAUUGCCAUUAUAUUGUCAUCAUUUUUCACUCUCUUUAUUUUACAGUGAAACUUAAUUGAGGAGAAAGAAAUAUUAGAAGUGCAGAGAUGAAGUUUAUGAAACUUGGUUCUAGGCCGGAUACUUUCUAUAAUAGUGAUUCUGUGAGGUCAGUCUCCUCUGAGGUUUCCAGUGAUAUAAUGAUACAAGUGAAGGGAACUAGAUAUAUGCUUCACAAGUUUCCCCUGUUGUCCAAGUGCUUGCGCCUGCAGAGAUUGUGCUAUGAGACACCUGAAUCCUCACAGCACCAAAUAAUCCAACUGCCUGAUUUCCCGGGUGGAAUUGAGGCUUUUGAGAUUUGUGCCAAGUUCUGCUAUGGCAUCACAAUUACUCUCAGUGCCUACAACAUAGUAUCAGCUCGAUGUGCUGCAGAGUACCUACAGAUGAAUGAGGAUGUAGAGAAAGGUAAUUUGAUCUAUAAGCUUGAGAUUUUCCUCAAUUCGUGUGUUCUUCAAGGGUGGAAGGACUCGGUUGUGUCUUUGCAAAGCACGAAAGGGUACCCUUUAUGGGCAGAAGACCUUGGUAUUACCAGCAGAUGCAUUGAAGCUAUUGCCUCAAAAGUUCUUUCCCAGCCCUCAAAGUCUAAUUUGUCACACAGUUAUUCAAGGAGAGGAAGAGAUGAUACAAUGUCCUGUAAUGGCGCAGAGAGUCAUCGGUCUAAACAUGUAGCCAAGGGGGGAUGGUGGGCUGAAGAUAUUGCAGAAUUGGGCAUAGACCUUUACUGGAGAACAAUGAUAGCCAUUAAAUCCAGAGGAAAAGUCCCUUCUAAUCUUAUUGGUGAUGCACUGCGCAUAUAUGCAUCGCGAUGGUUACCAAACAUAUCAAAACGCUUAUAUGCUGAGAAGCAAGGGGAAACUGACCAAGAGUCAGAUUCUGUGAAUGAACUAACAUCAAAGCACAGACUUCUGUUAGAAUCAAUAAUUAGCUUGCUUCCGGUUGACAGGAGUGCCGUGUCUUGUGGCUUCCUACUUAAACUUUUAAAAGCAGCAAAUAUCCUCAAAGCUUCAUCUUCUUCAAAGAUGGAAUUAGCAAGAAGAGUUGGAAUUCAAUUAGAAGAAGCAACGGUUGGUGACCUCCUAAUUCCUAAUAUGUCACGCGCACAAGAGACACAAUAUGAUGUUGACAUAGUCAUCACCAUAUUGGAGCAGUUCAUGUUACAGGGUCAGAGUCCACCAACUAGCCCUCCAAGAGCCAAAGGGGGAUUUCAGAGACAAAGAUCGCGUUCAGCUGAGAAUAUUGAUUUUGAGUUUCAGGAGAGCAGGAGGUCAUCUUCAGCAUCUCAUAGCUCUAAACUAAAAGUAGCCAAGCUCGUCGAUGGUUACCUACAAGUGGUAGCCCGUGAAGUGCAUUUACCCCUUUCAAAAUUUCUUCAAAUUGCUGAAGCUCUUCCAGGGUUUGCAAGGCUCGAUCAUGAUGAUCUGUACAGAGCCAUUGACAUCUAUUUAAAGGGACACCCUGAACUCAACAAGACUGAAAGAAAGCUUCUUUGCCGAGUUCUGGACUGCAAAAAGUUGUCUAUGGACGCCUGUACCCAUGCAGCACAAAACGAGUUACUCCCGUUGAGGGUGGUUGUGCAGGUUCUCUUCUUUGAGCAAGCGCGAGCUGCUAUGCAUGGUGGCCAAGUGACCAAUCUUCCCAAAAAUAUCAAGGCACUUUUGGCUUCCCACAAUGAUUCGUCAAGGCCUCUGGGGUCAUUGGCAACGAGUAAAACUUUGCGAGCAGAUGACCAGUGGAGCAUGUCAGGCCUCAGGACACCAAAUUCAAACAUUUCAACUUUAAAAAUGAAGCUGGCAGAAGAUGAAGACUUAGAUGACAACUACGCGAAUGGAACUGAGAAAUCACCCAAAUUUAACGCGAUCUGUGCACUUCCUAAUCGACCCAAGAGGAUUUUCAGUAAGUUGUGGUCCAUCAACAGACAUGGAAGUGAGAAACAUUAACUAUAUCAUUUUAAUUCCAGUCAUUGGUGCGGUUGGUAACUCAUACUAGUGUUCGUUUUCUACCUUUUUUUCGGAUGCAGUAUGCUUGUAAUCUUUAGAGAAAACAGAGAUACGACUCUGCAUUAUUGGUUUAAUUUAUGCUAAUAAAUGGCAUCAAAUCUGUCAUAACCAGGGAAAUAAAUUUUGUCGCGAACCUCA